AUUCUCCCUCUUGGUUCUUCUCUCUCCACGAAGAUAUCAAUCUGAUGCUAACAAAAAAAGGGUAAGAGAAAAAAUAAUAAUAAUAAUCUCUGGUCUCAGGAUGGAUCAGUUUUGGGCUCUGCCACCAGUGGCAAGGACAAUGUUUGCCUUUACAUUCGUUCAGUCAACCUUAGUCCAUGGUCGGCUCGUUAGCGGCUAUUGGUCUAUCUUCGUACCGUCUUUGAUCUUCAAGGCCUUCCCUGAAGUCUGGAGGCUUGUCACUCCAUAUUUUCUCACUCGCGGAGGCUACGGCUUUAUUUUUGACCUCUAUUGCAUGUACACGUACGGUACGGCACUAGAGGCUAAUUCGCCUCGCUUCCGUACUUCUGGUGACUUCCUCACCUACGUUGUAUUCGUAGCCACUGUGAUUCUGCUCUUAGCGGGAAUCUUAAUGCAAUCUGCGCUUUUCAUCGCAGCGCUACUUAUGGCAUUUAUCUACACAUAUGCGCAAGAUAACCGCGGCCAGAAGACCACCUUCUUCUUCGUGCAGAUUCGCGUGGAGCAUCUGCCUUGGAUCAUGCUUUUCAUUACUUGGAUCAUGGCUGGAGUGCACGAGGUGAUGAUCGAAUGUUGCGGAAUAGCCGCCGCGCAUUUAUAUGACUUCUUGACGCGAAUCUACCCUACUUUCGGUGGAGGUAGAAACUACAUUCACACUCCCGCCUUUGUGCAGAGAUGGUUUGCUGGUCGAGGGCCGCAGAUGGCUCAUGGUGGUUAUAAAUUUGAUCCAAGGGACCGAGCCUCAGCGAGAACCACUAGUUCAUCGACUGGUGGUCUAUUCUCGGGGGGUGCCUGGGGUGCCAGAAGACCUGGCCGACGGUUAGGAGGCGACUAGCUUGAUCCUUGAUGGUUGCAAAGCAUUGCAAUGUAAAGUACAGCAACAUGAACGUGAUUACUAGGUUAUUCGCAUUUGUAAUUCUACUGAACUUGGAUCUAUGUUUUC